CAUAAACAUAGCAGAACGGUGAAACCAGUAACUUCCGCUGAUUUGUCGAAGCCACUGCCGGGAGGCGUUAGAUUUUCGUUGACGAGAUCAAAAGUGUUGCCGUGAUCUCAUCUUUUCGACCGGAGUUGGAAGCAUUUAAUCACAUUAACACUUUUCCCAAUAGCCUAUUUGCCCCCGUCAAAAAGCCUUCCGAUCAUCAUCAUCAUCACGAUCAUCAAAGGCAUUGUUUUACCGGCGUGAUGGGAGCCAUGAAUAUAUCUCUAGUCGUAUCAGGACUAGUUGUGUACUUUCGAUGAUCCCAAGUUACCCGGAAUCCUACUAAAUCAAAUCCCCAAUGUAUCCGAAGGUGAAGAUGGUUACACUUACACACCACCGAGGGUUCUCAAGUCUCAUCAUAUCUCCACUUCAGAUGCCAAUAUAUCAUCAUCAAAAGCAGCUGCGAAGGUCGACAGAAAAGUUGCAGAGGGAAAUAAACCAAAUAAUAAGGUCAACAAGAAAAUUACAGAGGUAAUUAAGCCAAGUUCUAUCCUGCCACCGCGAGCUGUUUUAUCGAGUCCAGAGAAUGAUUUGAUGCUCAGAACCAAAAACAAAACAAAAACAGAACGUUCAGAGUCGAAGAAUCAUAAGCUGAGUCAAAACACGCAUGCCAAGUGCAACAAGUCUUAUGAACUCGAGAAGAAAAACAGCUCAUGGUCAUGGAAAUGAUUAUUAGAUGUGUGCAACGGAUU